AUACACAAGUCUCAGAAUCGGUUACUAAAUUCCUAGAUUCUUAAUUCAAUUACCCUUUUUUGAUCUUAAAAAGCACAGAGAGAGACUAAAAACAGAUUGAAUCAUUGAAAAUGAGUGAGAAGAACAAAAAGAGCAAUGGCGAGCAGCAUAAGGAGGAGGAUGGAAGCGAGAGCAAGAAGAAAGAGAGCGGAGGAAACGCCACCGUCGUGCUCAAGAUCGACCUGCAUUGCCAAGGCUGCACUUCCAAGAUUUUGAAGUGCAUUCACACUUUCGAAGGUGUGGAGACGGCUGAUAUCGGCAACGGACAGAUCACUGUCGUAGGGAAGAUGGAUCCGGCUAAGCUCCGGGAAAGGGUGGAGAAGAAGACUCUCAAGAAGGUUGAAGUGGUUAUGCCGACCAAAAAAGGGGACGACAAAGACAAAGACAAAGCCAAAGCCAAGAAUGUGGAGAAGAAGAAGGAAGAUAAUGCCGAGAAGAAGAAGGAUCCGCCACAAGAAAAAAACACCGCCAAUAAAUCCGAUGAGAAGAAGUCCAAGGACAAAGAGCCUUCUGUAACAACGGCGCAGUUGAAGGUGCACUUACACUGCGAGGGCUGCAUCCAGAAAAUCCAAAAAAUCAUAGUGAAGACCAAAGGUUACAAAGACAUGAAGAUCGACAAGCAGAAGGAGAUUGUGACGGUCACGGGAGUAGUAGACAUGAAGGCGUUAGCCGAGGCACUGAAGAAGAAUUUGAAGAGGGAUGUGCAACUCGUGCCGGCCAAGAAGGAGGCCGUGAAGAAGGAGAAUCCCGGGGGCGAGAAAACGAAUAAGGGAAAGAGCGGAGGUGGAGAUGGCGGGGGGAACAACAAAAUGCAGGUCCAAGUUUUGAACCAAUAUCCGUACCCGUAUACGUACCCGAUAGUAUACGAGUCGGGUCAGUUCAACUACAGCCCCUAUGCCUACGGACCAAGCCAUGCCCCACAGCUUUUUAGCGAUGAGAAUCCUAAUGCAUGUAGUCUUAUGUGAAUUAGUGGGAUUCCAUUGCAUAAUUAUAUUUUUUAACUUUGACUAAAUAAUUCAA